AUGGUCAACAUGUCACGUCUCACCGGUCCAUGGGUUCCUCUGUUGCUGUGCUUUUCUGCCUUACAGAAGAUGAGCUAUGCCAGAUGGGAAGCAGAGUACAUCUCGUACGCGGCGCCUACAGAUACAAUCAUUCGCUUUCGAGCUGGAAAAUUGGUUCCAGUCCUCGACCAUUCUGAUGAUGAACACACAGCGCGCCCGGCCACCACUCCUUCCCACGACGACUUCCAAACCUGUCAAUCAGAGAUGGAGUGGCCUCUGAUUGGUUCGUCUUGGUCCGGGUGGGCGUGUCAGGACCAUCCCCAAGAACAAGAGUCCCUCCCCGUCUGCAACGUCUUGUCUCCCCUGGUCCAACUCAUCCUAGACUAUGCUUAUCCGCGUCUGCCACCAAUGAAACCAACUGAAUCAAACAGACAGAUAGAAAAAGACACUAUAUUACAGGCGCCGGUCAUCUCUACAGGUGAAUCAACGGGUGAGGUGUCGCCCACCGAACCAAGGGUGAAAUACAGGCGGUGGGAUGGCGGGGGACGGCCGCGAUGUUCCUGUCAUCGCUCCUGCUUCAAACGCUUCCGCCUCGCUACAGAACAGCGAACAGCGGUGCCGGUUCGGCAAGACAAGCGAAUGCGCUGUGUGGCCGUGCUGGCUGUCUUCUUCGUCAACCUGUUGUUUGUGGAGGUCGGAAAACGGCAGACUGGGGCCACAACAUAA